CCCUGAGCCUCAGUGUGUGUAUUUAUAAGGAAGUGACUCGAGCACCAGAGUGUUUGUUGGUUGCCUCUCAACGAGAGCGUUGAAUCCAAAAUGAUGAGACUCUUGGUGGUAUUAAUGUGCUUUCUGGCAGGCUGCCUGUCUCAGAGGCCUCGUCCAUGCUCAAGUCCUCCUCUAAUGAGCGGAACCUUCACUGUGACCACACAGAAUGAAAAGCUGUGGAUUUACUCCAAAUACCUGUACGAUGCAAUGGGAAAACGGAUGCGGCUCAUGGAGCUGGGCUCCUACGAGAACAAGUCAUUCACCUAUGAUGCUCUUCUGCUCUACAGAGAGGCUGCCAUGUAUGAGAUUAACGAACAUGACCGCACGUGCACCAAAAAGCCUCUGAAGACAGACUUCCAACCAAUGGGAAUCCCAAAAGAUGCGUCUCUGCUGGGCCAGAUUGUUCUGGGCAGCUCAGCUGGACCUCUAGAAGGACUCCUGGUCAACACUUGGGCGGGAGAUCUGCCAGAUAAAUCAGGGAAGUACAUGAGCACAGUCACUGAAUUCGGUUGCGUUCCUGUCAGCACUGUGUACCACACUGACAUGUAUGGAUGGGUGAUGAUAAGCCUCUAUAACAACGUCAUAGGGCUUGAUGACCCCGGUCUGCUCAACCCUCCAGACUUCUGCACGGGAGUGGAGAUGAAGGCUGACGAGGAGCCAGCAGACUUCCUCAGCUUGUUCCUUAACAAGCAUUGAGGGCCUCAAAUGGAGGCAAACAAGUGGAGCUACUGAAUCAGAGCUUUGUUAUGUGGUAUAUAUCGCAUUAACUCCUUACUAAGAACAUGUGUAAUUUCAAGCAUCUUGAGCAUCUCAGAAAAAUAUUCUGCAGGAUUUGACAUUUUCAUUUUUUUUUUUUAAAUCAUAUUUCUGUCUAGAACUUAAAGCUGCACUGAAUGAAUGUUUUCAUACUGACAAUGGAUUAAAAAAAAAACUCCCUCUUUCUAACACAUGCUGAUGUAUGACCACUUGUCUUUUUUUUUAUCAAUACUAAUAUGAGAAUAAAAAACAAAUGCAUAUAUUU